AGGUGGUGAACACAACCACUGGUAAACUAGAAAGCGGGCAGCCGUCGCUGCUGUGCAAGCAGAGUAUGUUUGCGCGCUGGCAGCACGUCGAAAAGCGGCUGCCGCUGCUGCCGCAGGACAACAAUAUCGGGAUAGAUCCGGUGGAGAUGCCUGAAGACAUGGAGCACUUAUUGUACAACGAGGCGAAGCAGCUCUGCCCUACUUAUCAGGUAGCGAAACAGUGUCUAAUCGACGCGUUCGACAAAGCCAAACUAGGUAGGUGGGUGAAGAAGCCGUUAGAGCAGGAUCAGUUUGCGUGCGAAGUGGCCGAUGCGCCGGCGCACGUGCUGUUUGCUUAGGCGGGCCGCGCGCUGUCCGCGCCGGGGGGGGUGGCGGCGGCUGGAGGGGGCGGGGACUUAGGUGGCUACUAUAGGGAUGGUAGCUGGAUGAAUAAGGGUGUUAGAGGUGUGAUUAGAGAGGAUAGAAUCGAACAAGACGCUAUUAGGAAGGGUAGAGAUGAUCGGGAAGGGGGUAGUGUGGUCGAAAUGACUGAAUUUGUAGGCAAAGAUGGGGCUAGUUCGGAUAGUGAAGGUUGGACGAGAAUUUCUGGGGGUAGAGACUUGAUUGGCGACGAUAGGGAUGGUAGCAAGAUGGAUAAGGGGGACUGGGGUGUAAUUGGCGACGAUAGGGAUGAUAUUGAUAAAAACAAUAGUGAUCAGGGUGAGUUUGUACGAGAUGAUGCUAAUAGGAAGGAUUUGAGAACAUUAGGCGUUGAUAUUGGGAUGGGUAAGGAUGAUAUGAAUGAUAGUGAAGGUAUUACGAGAAUUUUUGGGGGUAGAGACUUGAUUGGCGACGAUAGGGAUGGCAGCAGGAUGGAUAAGGGGGACUGGGGUGUAAUUGGAGACGAUAGGAAAGAUAUUGAUCAAAACAAUAGUGAGAUUGUACGAGAUGAUGCUAAUAGGGGGGAUUUGAGAACAUUAGGGGUUGAUAUUGGGAUGGAUAAGGAUAUGAAUGAUAGUGAAGGUAUUACGAGAAUUUUUGGGGGUAGAGACUUAAAUGACGACUAUAAGGAUGAUAUUGGGAUGGAUAAGGGGGAUAGGGAGGGCAGGGGUGUGAUUGGAGAUGGUAGAGGGAUGGAUGAGGCUGAGUUUGUACAACAAGACGCUAUUAAGAGGGGUAGAGAUGAGGAAGGGGGUAGUGGGGUGGAAAUGACUGAAUUUGUAGGCAAAGAGGGGGCUGGAUAUCGAACUAGGGCCGUUAUGGAGGGUUGGAAUAGUAGGACGAGAAUUUCUGGGGGUAGAGACUUAAUUGGCGACGAUAGGGAUGAUAUUGAUGAAUGCAAUAGUCGGAUGAAUAAGGCUGAAGAUGGUUAUGGAGGAUCUAGGGUGCUUAGGGAGAGUAGGAAUGUAAUUGGCGACGGUAGCGGGAUGGAUAGGGGGGUUNGGGGGGUUAGGGCUCUUAUAGGAAACAAUACUGAAGGUAUUAGGACUAGAAAGGUUAGAUUUGUAGAAGAAGUCAGUUAUAGGGGAGGCAGGGUGAAUUGGGAUGAUACUGAAGGUUAUAUCGAGGAUAAGAUCAGAAAUAGGGAAGUUACUGAGAGUAUUGCGAUGGAAAAAAUUGGAUACGUUAGAGGAGAAACUUAUAGUAAGCACUAUAAUGUUGAUUUUACUACGAGGUCUGGACUAACUGGGCACGGUGCUUAUGAUAUAAGUACAAGAAAAGCUGGAAUUGUUCGCGAAGACGAUUUUAGAGUCCAAAGCGAUGAGCCUGUAAUUGAAAGUAAGAAGGUUGAUGAGCACAAUUCUGAUGAUGACAGCUGGGACGAUGAACACCCAGAUAAUGAUGAAUCAUCAGACACCGAUGACGCAGAAGAAAUUGUGAGGCUGAAAAGUUAUGUUGCUAGAAUGAUCGAAAAGGAUGCAGCUAAAUCUAAAGACGAUGAUGUUGGUAAUAUUGAUGUAGGUAAAAGGAAGAGCCGUAAAGAUUCUUAUGGAGAUGAUACAAAUGAUUUAAGCAAAGGGUUCGUGUUGAAAUCUUUUGAUAAAGAUAAACGGAAGAAGAAUAAAAUUGAAUCCAUCUAUGACACUGUUAAAUGUAGUCAAGGUUCAGAAACAAUUAGUAGUAUUAAAAAAGGUAAUAUUUCUAGCUUUAGUGAUGAAGUUAGGCCUAAACCUAAAAGCUCAAUCGCAGACAGACUAAAACAAUUUACAGAGUUACAGAAUGAAAAUAAACUGGGUCUAGAUAAAAGUCAGAGAUCGGAUACGAACACAGAAAAAGAUACAACAAAUGACGCUAAAAUUAGUAAUAAAAACAGGGUAACACAAGAUCCAAUAAGCGCGUAUUUCAUCAAAAACAACGCUAGGCACAGAGUUAAUCUGGAUGAAAAGAUAAAUAAAAAUUUAAAGAAGCCAAACGUUUUUGAAUGCACAGAAGUCGUACGCGUGAGAGAAACGUACCAUAGGAGUUAUAGAUCACCAGACAGCGAAAGUUUUCUAGCGGAUGUUCUUAAUAAAUACGAAAAAGACCCUCUAAAUUUCAACACUGAUACGUUAGAGUCAGAAAUAGACGAAAUGUGUCAAAACAUAUUCGAUACCAAAAACACUGUAGUUAUUAAAAAUGAGUGCUUUUUAAAAGACGAACUGAGAGUUCAGAUCGAAUAUACAAACGAAAUAAGUAAUGUAGUUGACGAACAAAAUAUAUACAAUAAUAACAAUGAUAGUUUGUACGAUACAGAAGCGACCAGCGAUCUAAUGAAGGAAUAUGACAAUGAAUAUAACAACACUCGUAGUCGACACAUAAAUAUUCUAAUGAACAGGUUUAAAGACAUGAAAAUAAAGCACGAGAAUAGCCUUCAAACAAAAAAUCUGGAAGCUUCCAAAAUGGAGACGCCACAAGAAACAAAACCUAGCAUCAAUAAGUUUUUAGUAUACGAUUCUAAAGUCCGAUCGAGCUUCUUGAAAAGUUCCCAAGAAAGUCCCACUAGCCAUGUCAAAAUUGCCCCUAAUCCUUAUUCUACUAUAUGGUCACCGAAUAUAACAGAUUGCAAUCCAGAACCUAAAGUAAAAGAAUCCAUUUCACAAAACGAUGCUAAGUCGCAAGAAUCAAUUUCACAAAACGAUGCUAAGUCGCAAGAAUCGAGCUCACAAGUUUCAAAAGACGAUUCUAUACCAAGUAUGCAGAGUAAAUUUUUGCUAAAGAAAAUGCAGAUGUUUCAAAAUUUAAAGGAUGUAACUUAGAUUAUUUUAAUAUUGAUUGGGAUUUUGAAUAAUUAUGAUUUUGGCGUGAAGUCGGGAGAAAUAUUCUAGCGGAGCAUCUUGGUAUACGAAUUUAUAUACAGUUAGUGUGAACUAGUUCGUGAUACCUGUAGUGGCCAAAAAGUUGAAACAUAACCUAAUUCCAAUUGUAACAAAGACGUGUUGCGAACUUUUUGGCUACUUUGGGUGUCACUAUUUGAUUCUGAUUACUGCAAUUUAAUUUCAAGUUAUCUACUAAUUUUUCGAUUCAAAGUAAUGUUUAAAAGAAAUAGUAUAGUGUCGAAUUCGAAACGUACUUUUUAGCACAAUGUCCAAUGCCUUCUAUAAGUUCAUAUAUUUACUGAAGAUAUAAUUUAUUUUCCAUAUAACUCAUAUCAUAAAAUAGCGUCAAAUUACAACAUAUAAAAAUUAUAUAGCGUACAUAAAUUCUCGUCGUGUAAACUAGUCGUACAAAUGGGUAAUAUAUAAUAUUUUUGAUACAAAAUGGAGGGUAGUCAUUGAAACACUUUGGGGGGUAUUUUUGUUUGUAGGGUCGUAAACCAGCCAUCCCCGUCAGCCCCCACAGAAAAGUUGUCGAGAACAUGCAAUAUUCUAUAAUAUAUGUGAAGUUUAUAAAUAUAUGAAAUAUGUAUUCUGUCUGCUUGAAGUGUAGAUUAUAGACAUACAUGUAGACAUUUGUGUGCUUUUAUAUAGUUACCAUUUUGUUAAUAAUAUCUUAGUUCUUCCUAAUAUACCACCAUUUUUUCGCAUAGGUGCUUCAUAAUUUAAUAUUCUACAUAUACCUCAAUUGCAUAGUUAUAUAUUUAUUUCAAAUCGUUAUUUAUAUUGCCUUUAAUAGUCUAUUUCAUGUUCUAGCAACUUAUUGCGGCGCGUAUAGUGAUAGAGUGUGACUCGCCUUGGCUUCAGUUUUUUAGUAAAUUAAUAGGAAUAGUCAGUCUGUGCAUCCUUUCAUUUUUACCAAGAAUUGUGUCAAAACUAUGAUGAAUGUCACGAUAUUGUUGGCAAAUCUGAGACGAGAACAGACUCUUUUACACCAAAAACUCUUUUAUCUAAAUAUGUUAAAGUCCAGUUUUUGAUUAGGUAAUAUUAUUUGAAUGUUACUAUGUUUUACUGGAUAAUUAUGUGUAACUCAAUAUGUAUCACGAUAGCUUGUAAUGUAACAAGCUGUUUGUAAAAAAUGUCAAUGUAACGUUCUGUUUCUAAUGAUGUCAAUGUAACGUACUGUUUAUAAUCAUUUUAAUGUAACAUUCUGUUUGUAGCAUUGUUAAUGUAACAUUCUGUUUGUAUAAAGUACAAUGUAACAAUCUAUUUACAAGCUUUUGCGAUACAUGCUGAAUUACACAAAUAAGAUCACUAGAAUAUAAACAUUGAAAAUGACCGGAUUAAAUGUAGAAUUGUAGUUCAUUCGUUCAUUUUUAUUCUAAGUGGCAGCGUUCAUAGAACAUCUUUAAAUAUAAUGUCGUUUCUAAGUCAAGUUUUAGUACCAUAGUUUAGGUUAUCUAAUAUGACAUUAUUUAUUUUAAGCAUUUUUGUUAUUUUAAAAGUGACAUUUGUGUAUUCAAAUGAUGGUAUUUAAUUAAAGGCAGGGCUUUAAUAUCUGUAGGGUGUAAAUUUACUCUCAACGGGGUGUAAAAAUUUAAUUGAUUAAAAAAAUAAUGAUUACCGUUAAACAUGUGUUUUAAAUCUGUAGAAAAGGAUAAAAGAUCCAGUUAAUGAGAGUGAGAGAUAGACAGAUACCAUGCGCCACGGUUUAUUUUACAUAAGGUAAAUUAUAGGUAUGAAAGGUGCGCUUAUUUGAUAAAAAAAUAUAAAGUUUUACUCACAAAACAAUUAGAAUGGUAAAAUCUCUACUCUCUGCGUUAAGGGUAAACUUACACCCGUUAAAUGCACGUUUAGUUUUAAGUUAAAAAUCUUUGAUACUUUGUUUUAGUGCCAUACGUUCAAAAAUUAUAAGCUGGCUUAUUUACACUUCAUACUCAAAUUUAUAUUCACACUAUAAUAGUAAAGUCGUAUCUACACUUAAGUAAAGUAUAAUGUAACGCGCGUGGUUGACAUAAGAGCAUUACAUGUAACGUUCGCACUGUGCAAGUGUGUUCAGAAU